GACCGGGAUCGCCGAGUCCUACUAAGUAUGAGUUCUUUUCUCCUAAAAGCGUGCAGGCUCCUUUGCUUGUUGUUGACUUUGCCUUUGCGUCUGGCGAAGACACUUGGUUUACUCGCCGCCUACAAACGCCUUUUUCCACUGCUAGUCUACAACAUCACAAUUUCGUACAACAACAAAAUGCACCGCAUGAAGAAAGAGCUCUUCCGGAACGUGCACGGCUUUGCAAACAGCGACGGUUCGCUCCGUCUGCUUGAGAUCGGCAGCGGCACCGGGGCAAACUUUCAGUUCUACCCGUAUGGGUGCACGGUGCUGUGCGUGGACCCCAAUCCGCACUUCGAGACUUACUUGAAGAAGAGCAUGUACGAAAAUAAGCACCUGACGUAUGAGGCCUUUCUGGUUGCCUCUGCCGAGGACAUGAAGGAGCUGGAUGACGAGUCUGUGGACGUUGUUGUAUGUACGUUGGUGCUGUGUUCUGUCAAAGACGUGAAGAUGGUCCUUCGGGAGGUUCGGCGUGUGCUGAAAACUGGUGGAGCCUUCUAUUUUAUGGAACAUGUGGUGUCAAAGCCCUCAACAUGGACAUACUUCUUCCAAUAUAUAAUCGACCCUUUGUGGUUCUAUAUCGGAGAUGGGUGUAGCGUUACAAGAGCGACCUGGGAAGAGCUGGAGUCAGCUGGCUUUUCUGAGCUCCACCUCAAACACUUUGAGGCGCCAGUGACUUUAAUGAUACGGCCUCAUAUUAUGGGCUAUUCCAUCAAGUAAAAUUUUAGACAGACUGUUCUCAUCAGUCUCAUGAUAUAAAUCAAUUAACAUACUGAGCACUUGCUCCAACAUGCAAUUCAUAACAAUUUGACUCAAUUUAUAUUAAUAUCCUUAUUUUGUUGUAGGAAAAAGUUGCCUAUGCCACGCUGAAACGUUCACUCAUGCCAAAAAAUGAUGAGUAAAGAUAGAGUGAAAAUAUAUAUUAUUUACUUACAUCAUCAGCAACAUUUCAUACACUGUUCCACAAGGCCGCCCUUUCCACCAUGAAAUAACAUAUUACCCUGACACUGUGCAAUAUUUUGUCCAGAUUGUCUCAGAAUGAACAAUCACACUGUAAUUCUGUUACCCUUUAUAUCCCUUUGCACAAAGUAUGAAAAUUGUAACAUCUCCUUAUUGGGAAUAAGAGAAAUUUCUGUGUAGCAAACGUGUUCACAUAGAACUAAUACAGUCGAUUCUGUAAAUGCUGCUGGUAGACCUAAAAAAACACCAAACAGCAUUUUUUUUUUCUUUUUAAACAAGAACAUUUAGAAAUUGAGAGUCAAAAGGUAAAAAGCUCAUCAUUUCAAACCUCCCAGUUUAAAAAAUAUACACAACUAUAAAUGUUAUAGCAUUAGUAAAUAAAAAAAAUAGCUGGAAAAAAAGUCCAAAUUCUUUUUGUUUCGAUAUAUGUCUAUAUCAUUGUUACAUUGAGCGGAGUAAAAAGAUUGUGGCUGUCAACCUGAAGCGUUCCCAGAAACACGGCGGUGUCCAAAAAAGCUGAGAGCUGUUCCCGCUAGCACACGAGUCUCUGCACUUGCACUUUUACCCUGUUUUGACGCAAUAAAGUUCCUUUAAGCUUUUCA